CUGGCUUGCAUGAUUGGGCAUGCAAAUUCAAGAUUUUAAGUAACUGUGAAUUUUUUUCCACAGUUUUUAAACGUAUUCUUACUUCAGGAUGGAUGGUGUGUGCUACGGACUACUAUAAGUGGAUCAUCUGAGAUAUCACACCUUAAUGCUACACGAAGAUGAAUGCUCAGACAGUCGGGUGGUUGGUAGUUCUGGCACUGAUAAAGAAUUUUUCUUGUGCCCUCUUCAAACUGGAAGAGAGCAAACUGACAGCAAAAGAGGGGUCCUGCAUUGAAAUCAAAUGCACAGUCCUUAAAAACAUUAAUCAUGUUGGUCUAUACUGGUUUUGGAUGAAGAAUGCAAAUUGGAAUGAAGAUUUAAAAGAUUUUAAUGCCACUAUCAUUUAUAGCACAAAUAAAUCAUUACGUCCUGUCAGUCCAGACUUUGCAGACAGAGUGCAUUAUACUGGCUCUCCAUUUUCAAGUUGGAGAAAUAGUUACGGAUCUACACCAAAGUCAGAGUGCAGUAUUUUGAUCUGCAACCUGAACAAAACUGACAGCGGGAACUACUCUUUCAGAUAUGUAGGAUCUGUUCCUUAUGAAAUAUGGAAAACUAACGGAGUGAACCUCACAGUUGAAGAAAAUCCAUGCCCGAUCACAUUUGAGACACCACCUGUUGUAAAAGAAUCUGGCAGGAUAACACUUACAUGCUCCACUUUAAGUUCAUGCCCUUCAAACCCACAAAUUCAAGAUUUAUACUCACAACAGACACAUGAAGAACAGAAAAGCACCAAAGCAAGUUUUACAGCCAACUGGCAGGACAAUGGGAAGGAGUUUUCAUGCCAAACAGAAAACAACACAGACAAAUAUUUGAUCCGGAAUGUCAGCAUAACUGUCGAAUAUGCUCCCAAAGAAAUAUUGGCAGAAAUAAGCCCUGGAAACAUCGAGGAAGGACAGUCUGUGACUCUCACCUGCACUGCCAAAGGCCACCCUGGCCCCACCUUUACCUGGUACAAAAAUGACCACCAAAUGCAUUCAGGGCCAGAAUGGACCUUAACAUCAAUUAAUGAUUCACAGAGUGGAGAAUACCAUUGUAAAGCUCACAACAAACAUGGGAACAGUAAAUCAAACCCAAUAAUGAUUAAUGUUACAUAUAAGCCUCAAGUUGAGGUAAAGAUGACUUCAAUGACUUCUGUAAUUUAUCUAGGAGAUAAAAUAACUUUAACAUGUUAUGUGAUGAGAAGCAAACCAGAACCUAAGUUCUAUGUUUGGUAUAAAGAUCAGACAGCUAUUGGUCAGGAGCAGACACAUGUUGUUCAACAAAUCAUGCCUGAAGACCGAGGCUACUACACAUGUAGGGCCACUAACACUGUAGGUGAAGGACAAUCACAGCCAUUUGAAAUUGACUUUCAAUAUCGCCCAAUGAAGACAACUAUUUCCAUCAGUGAACAUGGUAAUAAUGUGAAAGUUGGCAAACCCCUCACAUUCACAUGUAGGGCUGAGGCCAAUCCUGCCCCAGUGACAUACUUCUGGCACCGUUACAACCAAAAUAAACCGACUGACUCCCCACAGUGGACGUACAAGACUAAUGAAGAAAGUCUACAUUUGCAGAGGUUAGAAAGAGCAGAUGAAGCAUGUUACAAGUGCAACGCAACCAACGCCAUUGGUACAGGGGAGGAUAGUGAGCCUGUGUGCAUACAAGUACAUUAUCCUCCUACCGAACCUAUGCUGUCUUUGGAUGCUGAGGUCAUCGAAGAUCAGCUUAUCACCAUCAGCUGCACCGUUGAAAGCUUCCCACAGUCACGUCUGACUUUGACAAGGACUUCUAUAUCAAAUUCUCAGGCUUCAGAAUGGCAUUCCCCUCAACAUGAUUAUUAUGAGGAUCAUAACACUUUACAUCUAAAGUUUAAUGUAACUUUAACCGACACAGGCCUUUACACCUGCAACGCAGAGAAUAAUGAAGGUUUAAGCAAAAGCUUACAAAGGAAGAUGGUGGUGAAAUAUCGUCCCAGAGAUGUGACAGUACAAGCUAAGCCUGGUCUUGUCGUGAGUGAAACCACGCAGUUGAUACUGAACUGCAGUGCCCGGGCCGAGCCACCAGUGACGUCUGUUACCUGGAUGAAGGUGACUGAUGGGAAGAGUGAAAUCAUCAAAAAUUGGAACGGCACUAUAAAGUCUGUCAGUCCUUCUGACAGUGGACUGUACAGCUGUGAAGCCAGUAAUAUAAUUGGAACUGGAAAAUCUCAGCAAGCCGAGGUUAAAGUCAAGUAUGCUCCAAAACACAUAAAGAUUAUAAGAACAGCAGAGCAGUAUUCUGAUGGGAAAAGCUUUGUGUUGCUGAGCUGCAGUGCUCAAAGCUAUCCCCCAGCCACACAAUAUUCAUGGUACAAGAAGACAGAGGGAAGGGAUGUAGAAGUGUUUGACAAUCAGAACUACACAGUGAAUUCAAACCAACCGGGAGAAUACUACUGCAUCGCAAAAAAUGAAAUCAGCCAAAGCUCUUCUGAUACAGUCCAGCUGUUUGACCGAGGCCUAAAAAAGGCCCUGAUGUUCUUCAUCCUGGUGUUUAUUGUCCUGCUCAUUAUUUUCUUAAUUUUAUUUGUUUACAGACGCAAGAGAAACAAAUCAGUUCAUCAUGAAACUACGAACACACCGCCCUGUUUUGGUUUUCUGAGUUGGUGGAAUAGCCCUAGGAGGAGGAAUCUGAUAAACGAGCCCAUCAUGGCAGAGCCUUGCAGGAGCAGAGAUGACCUCUUGCCAGACCAGCCAUGCCGUCCAAAGGCCCAACGACGCCAGCCUCAUCCAGACAGCACGCCUGUAUCCAACAUCAGCAGUGUUUACUGCACUGUGAAUCUGCCCGCUGGCAAACAGGGUCCUUCUGCACAAAAGCCAAUCAAACAGCAAAGUGGACACACAGAGGCUGGUUCUCUCAACUAUGCAAGUUUAAACUUUGGAAAUAAGCAAAAGAACAAUCCAGAGAAUGUCGUGUAUGCUAUGGUGUACAUGAAAAAGCCAACUGAAAAGAAUGAACAAGAAGGACAGGAGGAGUACGAGAACUUCAGUGCAGCCAAGUCUCCAAAUCCAUUGGACUAUGACACAGACACCAGUGAAGAUGAAGCAGAUCUCAAUUAUACACAGGUGAACAUCACGGCAAAGCCUGGACAUCGGACAGCCAACAGUGACUCCAGCAGCUCUGAUGAAGAAGAUACUCAGUACUCUGAGGUCAAAAUCUGAGUUAAGAUCUUCUUAUCUGAGCCCAAUGUUUCUAAUAAAUCAUCAACUGUUGUUUAUUAAAUAUGUUUAUUUUUAUCACUCUAAUGUUUCCACUCCUAAAAUAUUACAUUUCGUUAUAUUAAUGUGCAGUAACAAGUACCUAACAUGGAGGAAAUAGAGGAAAGUGAUUAAUCCAAGCCCAUGCAAUCUAAAGUAAAAUGAGGCUCAGCUUUAACAUUUUUGUUUAAACUACUGAAUUAUAAAGGAAAGUGUGGGCAAAUGUACAUAUUUGUAAGCUGUUUUGGCAUUACUGUUUAUUUCAUUUAUUAACAUACUCCAGUGCAAGAUGACAUGGCUGUAAUGUUAUAACGCUGUGCAGCAGCUGCUUUACUUAGGUUUGUUUCGGAAACAAACAAUGUGCUAUAUGCAUAAUGAUCCAUUUAAUAACAUGCUUUGACUUCAGCUCUUGUAUGAAAAGAUUGGCUUUCUUAGGUUUUAUAAACAUGCACAAACAUAAACAUUUUAGCAAAAACAAAUACAAAAUGAUCAAUAAAAAAGUGUUACACAAA